AUGAAAUACCUCGGCCUCCUCUUCCUCUUCCCCUUCCUCACCACCGCCCACGUGCUCAUGUCCUCCCCGCCGUCGCUCGGCUACGCAAAGAACCAAUACGUAACCUCGCCCGACUACGACCUCAACUUCCCCAUCAAGGGCGCGCAAUUCCCGUGCAAGCAGUACCACAAGGACUUUGCGCGCGGCGCCGGGAGGAGCGUGGUUACCUGGCCGGCGGGGAGCAUGCAGAGUUUUAGGACUGAAGGUGCGGCGGUCCACGGCGGUGGCAGCUGCCAGGUGUCGCUGUCAUACGACGAGGGGAAGACCUUCCGCGUAAUCAAAUCCUGGAUCGGUAGCUCUCCCAUCCCCCGUCCCCCAUCCCCCGUCCCCCGUCCCCCAUCCCCCGUCCCCCGUUCCUGUCCCGCCGAAAACACGCCCUUCAACUUCGCCAUCCCGCCCUCGGCGCCCUCCGGCGCGGCCCUCUUCGCCUGGACCUGGUUCAACAAGAUCGGCAACCGCGAGAUGUACAUGAACUGCGCGGCCGUGACCAUCACGGGCGGCGGCAGCGGGUUCGCGAGCAUGGUGGACAACCCGCGCGUGUUUGUGGCGCAGAUCGGCACGAACGCGUGUACGGUGAAGGAGGGCGUGCCGGUGGACUUUCCGAGCCCGGGCGCGGUGGUGGUGAGGGGGGAGCGGGGGGCGCCGCCGAAUGGCACGGGGUGUGUGUAG